GGGUGCAUGUGCUAAGUAACGGGGGACGUAAACAUGCAAUAAGUGGCAACCAGGUAGUGUACUACGCACGAGCGCUCGCUCCGGACCUCCUCACUGAACUUUACCCGCUGAGCUUUGACGCGAUGGCUGCUGCUCUGGGGGAAGUUGGAGGCGUCUUGCACGGCAUCGAUGGUGUCCCACAGGUCGGGUCCACUUUCUUACUGACCCCUCCCGGGGACAGUCCGACCCUUCUGGGGGAGCACUUCAUGAUGUCCGGGGACAGGCUCUCGCGCAGCACCGCGGCGGAUUUAACGCACCUCAAAGGGAUUCUCAGGAGGAGACAGUUAUACUGCAGGACUGGAUUUCACCUGGAAAUACUUCCGGAUGGCUCGGUGCAAGGGACGAGGAAGGACCACAGUCGUUUUGGUAUUUUGGAAUUCAUAAGCCUUGCUGUUGGGUUGAUAAGCAUUCGAGGGGUGGACAGUGGACUCUAUCUGGGGAUGAACGACAAAGGAGAGCUGUAUGGAUCUGAGAAGCUCUCAGCUGAAUGUGUCUUCAGGGAGCAGUUUGAGGAGAACUGGUACAACACAUACUCGUCCAACCUCUACAAACACGGAGACAGAGGGACGCGUUACUUUGUGGCAUUAAAUAAAGACGGGACACCAAGGGACGGGACUAAAUCCAGGCGGCACCAGAAAUUUACACACUUCUUGCCCAGGCCUGUGGACCCUGACCGCGUGCCGGAGCUGUACAGGGAUAUCCUGGGACACAGCUGAGGUCUGGGAGCCCGGUCCAGUUCAGGAAUAGCUGCUAAAGCCCUGGCAGGCAGGGAGCAGAGAAGAGGAGAGGGACCCAGGCAGGGGUGUGCCUGGUGCAGGCUGGGGGACAGCAGCCCGACCGGCAGGGAUAAAGGCACCGGGGCCUCUUGUAGGAAUGCAUGGGCCAUCUCUCAGCAGCCAGGAAGACGGCUCACGCUCGGCAUGAGGGGCUUGUUUGUCUCACAGGGCCGGACGACCCUUAAAGUACCUACGUGGAAUAGGAGAUGAAUGGGAAGCUGAUCAUGGGGCAUCUCCUCUGGUCACACAGGGUCCAUGGGAAUCUGUCGAGUCAUGAAAUAGUACUUUAAUUUUGUCAGAGAGCCGUCAAUUGUUCAGAAGGACCUUGAAGGAAUUCAGUUUUAUUUUGUUUUCUUACCUUUGUCUCAACCUGUUU